AUGGAAUAUUAUUUCUUUAUUUAUUGUAUUUAUGGUAUCCCAUCAGCAAUUCUAAACUUAUCUCUUAUCAUUUGCAUUCUCAUCAAUAAAACUCUCCUUCAAACAUCUUUCUAUAGAGUUUACGCAUUUACACUAAUUGUGCUCUGGAUUCCACGAAACAUCAACUUCGCUUUUCUUCUCACAUAUCUAAUCGGAAUUCUAUUCUCUUAUCAAUACUUUUUCCUUAAAGGAAGCCUCUAUGUUCGAGUCGGUGACACAGUGGUGCAAGGAAGAACGAUCGUGGAUGAAUACUUGAUUUCGAUAUAUAUCGUGAAAUUUAUGAGCUUUAUUUAUCCAAUUAUCUCACUCGGCAUCAACAUAUUGAUUCUUAUCAAAUUGUUUCUUUUGAGAAGAACAAAGACAAGAGAUAAUUCGUGGAGUCGAGUGAAAUUGAAUCUUUUCUUUAUCUGUUUCUGCACAAUGAUCACUCAACUCGGCCUUUGGCUCUUCGUUACUUUUGGUCUUCAACUUGUCGAAUUAACGAUGAUUAGCUUUAUGAUGAAUCUAGUCUCGGAUUUGUCAACUCUAAGCGAAGCCUACAUUGGGCUAGCAAUCAAUAAACAAAUGCGUGGGAAAUUGAUUGAGAUUUUUCACAAAAUCAUCGACAUCAAAUCGAUAUCGCAACGCGUUGACAUUACUUCA